AAAAUAAAAUGGCUUCUGCUUCCAAAUCCCACUUAAUUUAAGACGACACGUUCCUGCCUGGUGUGAGGUAGGCUUCAAAAUGGCUCAGAAGCCCCCUGUUGGCCUUUUUGCCUAGUUAAUAAAGAAAAAGAGCAUGCUGGGGCCUAAUUUUUAUUCGUUCGCUGUGAGGAAAUUCACCCACCCACUCCAUUUGUGCUAAGGAAAAAAGGGGUGAAGCGAUGAUAUGAAGGUCCCUUUUCAAAAGAUCGCAAACGGCAGCCAAACGUUUGACCAGAAAACAUCAUGUUUUCAGCCUUGAAGUACCAUGCAAUAGACUACUUACAUGAGAAAGUGGCUAGACAGAGAUUUUCAUUUGAAUUGUUCUCAAUUCACAUCCCUUCUGGUUUAGAUCAAGAUAAAAAUUAUUGUCAUAACGGAAUCUUGGCUGAUGAUACAUAUAGGAGACCCUGGACAAGAGUUACACCUGACCUCACUCAAAUUGCUAUGGAUCGUCCUGUGCUUGAUCUCUGGAAUAAAUAUCUUGGCACAGAAGACUUCUUGGAGGAGAAACCCACUUCAAGCACUCUCUUCCAUGUCCAUAAUGAAGAUAUUGAAAUUGUUCCAAGUUCGAAUCCUGGUUCGCCGUUUGACAUAGAAGAUGCUUAUGUGCUUAUGAAAAAUGAAGACAGUUAUUUAAAUCCUAAAUAUGCUCCAGUGGAACUUGAAGAGCCAGAAGAAGGUUUUUAUAUUGAAAAUGAAUUUGUUUCGAUGGACUAUUUAGCUCAAUAUGCUAAACAUCUACCUACUCCGCAUAUGCUCUUGAGCCGAAUAAACAAAUUCCAUGUACAGAAACCUUUCAGUGUACAGGAACCCCUUUUAAAUUUUCAAGGAGAUAAGAUAACGGAAGAGGACAUCUUCAGAGAGUGUUUUGCUUUCAAAAUGAAUGUGACAUCUGAAAUGAAUGUGAAAUCUGAAGCAAAAGGGAAAGUACACCAGGACAAUUUUGGUAAAGUUUCCUUAAAGAAUGAGGAGACAAACAGUGAGAAUCUCACAAGCUUGGGGCUAAUCUCUUCAGAAAUUCAGGAAAUUAUAGGAAAUGAAAACGAGAAUCUUAAAAUAACCAGCGAAGACCUUGAAGUGAAAAUUACUCCUGAGACAGAGAAUUUGGAAUCUUGUCCCCCAAAAGAACUUUGUGCCAGUCAGAGCAGAAGUGUACUGGAACUCAGCAGGCCAGAGCAUCAAACUUCCGUACCUAAAUGUCAACAGCUUUCAGCUAUAGAAUCUCAACCCAGCUACUUGCAAGGAGGUAACACCCCCAUGGGUGAGACGGCCAAGGGAAAUUCCCCCUUGGCUGUUGACCAUGUGGGUCUGGCUGGCCAGGAAGGAGGCAGAGAGCAAAGGUCCACAACCGACGCCCACCGGGGAAGCGGUGAGCAUCCAUUGUCUCCACAUGAAGACAUACUGGUGUUCAGCCACCUGGAAAAAGAUGACUGCACUAAUUUAACAGAAACUUGUGCUAGACCAUGUGUUUUAGAAGAAUUGAACACAGAUUUAAGCGCUGGAGACGAGGUUCCUCAUACCAAUGUAGAAGUGGUCUCAAAAAUGUCUACCUCUCAGACGGAUAACCUUGAAGCGAAAAUUACUCCUGAGACAGAGAAUUUGGAAUAUUGUCCCCCACAAGAACUUUGUGCCAGUCAGAGCAGAAGUGUACUGGAACUCAGCAGCCCAGAGCAUCAGACUUCCGUACCUAAAUGUCAACAGCUUUCAGCUAUAGAAUCUCAACCCAGCUACUUGCAAGGAGGUAACACCCCCAUGGGUGAGACGGCCAAGGGAAAUUCCCCCUUGGCUGGUGACCAUGUGGGUCUGGUUGGCCAGGAAGGAGGCAGAGAGCAAAGGUCCACAACCGACGCCCACCGGGGAAGCGGUGAGCGUCCAUUGUCUCCACAUGAAGACAUAUUGAUGUUCAGCCACCUGGAAAAAGAUGACUGCAUUAAUUUAACAGAAACUUGUGCUAGACCAUGUGUUUUAGAAGAAUUGAACACAGAUUUAAGCACUGGCGAUGAGGUUCUUCAUACCAAUGUAGAAGGGGUCUCAAAAAUGUCUACCUCUCAGACGGCUAAAUGCCUUGAAGAGACAAGUUCCUUUGCUAACAACAGAAUGGAGUCUUCUAGUGUCCCUGAUUUUAGUGGAACAAAGGGUUCUUGUUUGUCUCCUCAAAAGAAAGAGAAACUUCUUCCAAUGCUCUUGGAGCCUGCAUCAGGUGUCAAUCUACAGCACACAACGUCUACUGUAGGUGACAACAGUGCACCUACUGAGAACAUCAGAAAAAUGAAACUGCAGACUGAGACAAGAAAACCAGGGCAUUUUGGAAACCCUGAAGAAGAAAAUGAUCAAGUCCAACUUGUCAGUUACAAGAAGGCAUCUGCUGAAGCAAAGAACACAUUAGGAAAUAACAUGCCUGAUGGAUUUGAUCUGCCUAGGAAAUGUAGAGAUGAUUUUGACCUUUUGAGCAACUUUAUCAUGCUGAGGUCUCAACGUAUGAUCAUGCAAAACGAGGAACCAAACAAUGUGGAUAUUCAAGCAGAAGUUCUGGAUGCUAAGGAGAAGAGCCCAAUACUGGAAAACAAUAUCAGUCCUCUUACCCUUAACGAAGCAGUUCCUAUGGAAAAGCAAACAAAGGAAAAUGAAGAAAUAGUUUCCAUUCAGAUUAAAGCAUCAGAGAGUCAAUUUCAAGCAUAUCAUAUCCUUGAAGCUGCAGUGAAUCCAGUUUUGAAAGAGCUCAUGAGUUUUGGCAUGCCUAAAUGGAAAUUUCGCACCCUUAAUUUUGACACCACCAGAUAUUUUUUAAAACAGCAGGAGAAAGUGAUCAGUGAUGCUUUUAAACAAGGUGUGACUGGUAUCAAAGAGGGGAGAGAGAUUGCAGUAUUCAAACAUGCUGUUGCUCUUCAUUUACUGGUAACAGUUCGAGACCUGUUAUUAACAUGUAACUUGAACACUGCAUUAGGAUAUUUGUUCAACGCAAAAGAUAGAUAUAAGGACUUCCUGGACUCCAGGCUGGAUAAUAUUUGUAGAUUGCUGGAGAUUGUGCAGAUUUCCAUGCAGAAGCAAGAAGUCAAUCCCAAGAUAAAAGAACUGCAUCAUCAAAUGUCCAAAUGGGUGCAGAGUAAUAUGAAUGAUCAGAAUAAGGUAGUAAUUGUGACUAGAAUGGGUUUUGAUGAAGAAACAGAUGUACUAAUCAACACCAUCAGUACAGUGCAAGGCUUGAAAAUUGUGUAUUUAGAUUCUGAGGAAAGAGGGACUUUUCUAGAGAGCCAAGAUGUAAUAAGUAGUUUGGAAAGAUCCUCUUGUGUGGUUGUAUAUAAUCAGAACAUUGGACCUGAUUUCCCUUGGACUCAUUUUUCAUUAGUGGUGGAGUAUAAUUAUUCAGAAAAAUCCUGCUGGCUUGAUAUUUGCAAAAAUCUGAAUGUUUCUUACAUAACUUUCAUAACCACUGUUCCGGAAACAUUUGGAAUUGAAGAGGUUUCUCCAGAUAAUUUUGGGUGUGUCCUCCUGGAACUGCCAAUUCCAUAUGUUUUUCUGACAUCUGAGGGCCUUCUCAAUACCCCAGAAAUUCUUCAGUUACUGGAGUCCAAGUACAAUAUUACAUUUAUUGAGAGGAAGUGCUGUGAGGCAUUACAGUUCUUUGGAAGCACGGACCGUUACAUCGUGAUGACUGUAGAUGAAUGCACUGCUAUCGUUAUUCAGAACAUGGAAGAACUUGGUUAUGAAAAAUCUUCUGAUAGCAUUGUGUUAAGGCUUGUGGUGCUGUCACUCCAGUACAGCGCCUGUUGGAUUAUUUUCUACUCCCAAGAAAGAUUAAAUUCAGAGUAUAGCCUAGCUGGAAAUACUCUGCAUCACCUAACCUUGAUUUAUGGAGCCUUGGUUUCAUUUGCACAGAAGUCGGAAGACUUUGACGUAAAGGUGGUUCUUACACCAGGAGUUGAAGAGACAGCCCUUUUGGUUCGUCAGAUUGCUGACCACAUUCUGAUGACUUCUCAAAGACAUCCUCAGGAAUGGCUAGACAAAUCUUGGCUUUCCGUCUUGCCGUCAGAGGAAGAGAAAUCCUUGUUUACAUUUCCAUGCAUGAAUCCUCUAGUGGCUCAAGUCAUGUUAAAGAAAAGCUCUUCACUGGAGUGGCUUCUGUCAGCAACCUUUGACCAGCUUCAUGCGCUUCUGCCUGAAGUGCCUGAGAAAGUUCUGAAGCACUUUAGUGACAUCACAUCACUGUACAUCUUGAACCCUCCAGCAGAGCCAAAACUUCCAGAAGAAACUGUGCCACUUCAAAAAAACAUAAAGGGCUCUAUCAGGUCUUGCUCUGAAAUCCCCUUUUCCAAGGCGGUGUUAUCUGGCUUUCAAGGACACAGUCCCUUUACUGAAUAUUUUGGAAACUAUGGUGAAGUACAGAACAGCAAAAAUUGUUUCCCACUUUACUACCAAAAUAAGUCCCAUACUCCUCUGAAAUCAGGUGGAAAGCACAGCAGCUUAAUAGCACCUUCAGUACCAUACCAGGAAAAAGUUUGUUUCUUUCAGGAUGAUACAGGCAUAGAGCGGCAACAGUACAUCCAAUUUGCGAAAAAAAUGGAAGUGGAAAAAAGAACAACUUCAUCACUGCUACCACCAGAUGAUCUGAAAGGACGUCUCCAUACUAACUCUGAAGCUACAAUGCCAUAUUUAGUGUACAACCUGGACGGAACAAAUACGUAUCUUGAAAAUAGUGCGCAAAACAGAAUGUACCGUUCAAAAGCUGCAGGCCAAAAGCUUGCUCAUCAAGAUAUUGAAAACGUACUGGAGGUGAAAAAGCAGCCACUUGUAAAGCAAUGGGAAUCUAGCAAGGAUUCCAAAUCUUCUUGGCAUCUUGUCUCUAGCAGAGAAGAUUGUCCAAUCCAGCAGAACUCUCAGAGUUUUCUAGGAGAACUUGGUGUGACAGGAUAUAGUGGUCCAAAAUUUCAGUUUGAGGAGAUGUUUUGGGGUAACCAGUCAUCCAUGCUAGCAAUGGAUUCAUCUCCCCAUGAUUCAAGUUUCAGCAAAGAAUUAUCUAGUCCAGAUAGAUUCUUUAAUUUGGACUUUCCAAUAACAGGAGAGUACACAAGAAAGAAAAAUCCCAAUGUGUUAUCAUCUAAUCCAAGAGAAUGCGGUUCAGCAGCAGGUUUAAAAUGCACCCAGUUACCACAGCUGAAAAAAAGACGUCUAACCUAUGAAAAAGACCCUGGGAGAAGCGAUGGUCAAACACGUCUCAAAUUCCUUUAAAGGAAAUGCAAUCUCACCUUUCACACUUCUAUUUAUAUGUGAUAUACUUUAAGCAGUUUUAAAACAAUGUUAUAAUUUAUUGUAUACUUACUUUUAAACAGUUUUUAAUAUUUUCUUGUAGUGCUUGUUCGAGGGUGGGUUUUUUUGGAGAUUGUAGAAAAUAGGUUAGAUAAGCCUGGAAAAUUAUUACACAAAGAUGCGGUAUGACGAUUAAAAUAAAGCACUGCAUACUUAAAUUAUA